AUGAAACACUUCUCCCUCACCCGAGGACUAGGUGUCUUCGUCGUCGCCGCAUUCACUGUCAGCGCGACAUCCGACUCAAGCGGAAACCCCCUCGCCACGGCAGACCAGCACUCUCUCGACGCGCUCGCGAUUGAGAUCAGCAAUGAUGAUCACUUCAUAGUGCUCAAAGCGGAAGCUAAAGCAGCCUUCCAAACAGCCCACGGUCUGCCCAUCAGCGACGAAGCGGCCUCGAGUCUCGAUGCAGCCAUCGACGAAUUGGCAUUCAGCUCUAUCCAAAAGGCUGUCAAUACUGAUGCCUACCAUCCCAAGGUAUACUGGGUGGAUGCGGGACCGCGCAAUUGGUUUGGGCUGGAUGUGCCGGGGGGUCGAUAUUCCUACGAUAAUCCGGACUGCUUCUUCCGGACGAUCCCUAUCGAUUAUAGUCUCAACUAUGUCGUCAAAGGGUACCGGCACACGCCCGGACCGGCAGAUGUGACCUUCUCGCUGAUCAGCGAUCCCAAUUCGCAGAAUACCGUCGCUGCGCUGGCAGGCAGUGACCUAGUGAUCGAGAGUGAUGGCUCGUACACGGUCACGAUCAACAGCUCGUCUGCCGAUGGCCAGGCAAACCAUAUCCAAUCCACGCUACUCGCGAAACAACUGUUGAUCCGCAACAACCUCGGCGACUGGUUCGCAAAGCCAGACAACCUAACCGUCGAAUUGAUCAACGCGCCAGCCCACAGCGCCAAAAGCAAAGCAGAAAUCAUCCUCGCCGCGGGAUGGGACCUCCAAGAAUCGAUUGUGGACUAUGGCGUCGGCGCACUUGGAAUCAAAACCAUGAUCAACAAGGUCAACACACUCUCGGACCCCAGCCAAUCCAGCAGCCUGGGCACACUCACCACACAAGCGAGUUCCUUCGGCCACUUCGACCUAUCCGACACCGAAGCCCUCGUCGCAACGUUGACCAAGGGACCAGCCGAUUACUUCGUAUUCCCACUCUCCAAUCCAUGGAUGAUAACCAAAGACCCCGGCACGCGACAGAUCAGCCUGAACAGCGCGCAGGCGGAGCCCAACGCGAACGGGACGUACACCUUCGUCAUCUCGCCCUCAGAUCCAGGCGUAUAUAACUGGAUCGAUACGGCGGGGUUGCACGAGGUGACGACUAUGGUGCGCUGGCAGGGCCUGCCGACGUCGAAUUCGUCGGCGAGUGACGCACUGAGUGUUGCUGUGCAGGUUGUGUCGCUGGCGGAUUUGAAAGCUGUUCUUCCGGACGGGACGCAGUUCGUUACCGCGGAGGAGAGGGAGGCGCAGCUUGCGAAGCGGGUUGAGGCGUAUGCGCUGAGGACGGCGGUUUAG